AAUUACAAGAAGCUGUCAAUCUUUCUUCAAUUGCUGAAGUAGUUGACUUGUCUCAAUAUGAUUUAGAAAAUAAAAUACCUACCACUCAGAGUACUGGUUUGUCAGAUGAUUUUGAAAAUAUGAAGUAUACACCUGAAGAAUUAGUAGAUAAAUUGUUAGCUGAAGAAUCAGUAGAUUAA